AUGUCUCUGAUUGGCCCACGAAAGAUGCCACCAAAAGGAUUUGCCUUUGGUCUGCUGCUCCUGCUGUUCUGCGUGACACAACACGGCCAGAUGGCGCAAGCAGUCGAUGCCUGUGGCACCAGCGGCGUGUGCGACUGCUCGGGAACUAUUGUCGCUUGCAUGAGCAAAUCUCUCUCGACCAUUCCAAGCGGCAUCCCAGUCACCACAACGAGCCUGUCGCUGUCCAUCAACCAGAUCACCAGCAUUCCCGCCUCUGCAUUCGCAAACUUGACUGCGCUGACUGAACUGGAUCUGACCGUCAACCAGAUCACUGACAUUUCUGCAAACGCUUUCGCAGGCCUGGCUGCGUUGACUAUGCUGUUUCUACCCGGCAACAACAUCACCGGCAUUCCCGCAAACGUAUUCGCAGGCUUGACUGCGCUGCUAGUCUUGAAUCUAUCCGGCAAUCAGCUCGCAAGCAUUCCCGCAGACGCAUUCACAGGCCUGACUGCGCUGCAAACUUUAAAUUUGCAAUCCAACCAGAUCACCAGCAUUUCUGCGGCAGGAUUCGCGGAUCUUGCUGCGCUAAAGUCCUUAGGGCUAUCGGGCAACCGCCUUGGCAGCAAUCUCGCGAAUGCGUUCACAAACCAGUCUGCCCUUGGGUUCAUAGACCUAUCCAACAAUCAAAUUACCAGCCUGUUGGCAGACGCAUUCACAGGCUUAGCGGCGUUGAAUACCUUGUUUCUAUCCAACAACAACAUCACCAGCAUUCCCGCAAAUGCAGUCACAGGCCUGACUGCGCUGAAAUACUUGGACGUAUCUGGCAAUCAGUUCACCAGCUUUCCAGCCUCUUCCUUUGCAGGCCUGACUGCGCUGACUUACUUGUCUCUGUCCAACAACCAGGCCACCAGCAUUUCCGCCUGGGCAUUCACAGGCCUGACUGCUCUGACAAGUUUGCAGCUAUCCAACAACCAGUUUACCGACAUUUCUGCAAACGCAUUCGCAGGCCUGCCUGCCCUGAUGGAAUUGGGUCUGGCAGGCAACCAGCUCACCAGCAUUCCCACCUCUGCAUUGUUGGACCUAACUUUACUGAAUUUCCUAUCUCUAAGCGCCAACCAGAUCACCAGCAUUCCUGCCUCUGCAUUCACAGGCCUGACUGCGUUGUUUUCCUUGAUUUUAUCCCGCAACCAGCUCACCAGCAUUCCCGCCGCUGCAUUCUCAGGCCUAACUUUGCUGAAUAUCUUGAGUUUGGAUACCAAUCCCUUUACCACUCUGCCGCCCGGACUGUUUCAGGGCUUACCAAAUGACAUCGAUUUGUCGUUGUAUUACGAGUCUCUAAGCCCCAACAACUUUAGCUUUGGUGAGAACACUGUCGCUCCGCCCAGCACAUACGGCAGCGCAGACGAACCGUACCCAUGUGAUACAUCCUGUGCCACCUGCUAUGACGCUGGGUCUGGUGCGUGUUGCGGAGCCAAGUGUCUGAUCUGCACCUCCUCCACAACGUGUGCUCAGUGCUAUGAAGGUUAUGGCAUGCUGAACGGCUCAUGUGUUACACUCGCCUCCAUCGCUUCUGCUGCGAGUGCGUCGUCCGCCUGGCACACCUCUGCUGCUUCUGCAGCCUCAAACGCUCCGAACAAUACCAGCGAUGACCCAUCGCCCCUCCCCAUCAUUCUCGGUGCCAUUGGCGGCCUGCUGGUUUUGUUGUUGUUGGCUGCGCUGUUUGUGGUUCUUCGACGCCGUCAAGGACGCAAGCCAACACCUGGUUCCGAUCGGGCUCGCCAGUCGGUGGAUCACGUCGGCGUGGUGAAUCUCACGUACAACGCUUUGCUCACAAACAGCGGCGACAAUGGCUUGUACGAGCAGGUUGAUUCAAAGCCCCAGGCUCCUACGGGUUCGUCGGAACUGCUGUAUGCCGAGGCAUCUGUGCCUGCAUACAGCACAGUGAAAGCCACGGGUAGCAGUGGUAUCGAGUACGCCGAUCCGUCGCUGCCCGAUGCGUCUUCUGUUCGUGUGUCGAGCGCGUCUGCUCCAACCACUUACGCGACGGUCGUGGUUGUGCCUUCCACGCAGACCGAGAAUGGCGACUAUGCGUCUAUCGCAAACUAA